UCUCUCUGUCCAUGUAAUAACUUCAUCAAGAAUGACUUGAUGAGGUUUAUAAUACUUUUCAGCUCAAUUUCCUUUGUAUAAAGAUUCAUAUAUAUGCAGUACUCUUCGUAUUUCAUACACCGUACCCCCCCACCGAGCUAGCUAACUUUUCUACUCCCUUUUCUACUUUUGGUUCUUCCAUAUAUAUAUGUGUGUGUGUGAACGUUGCACUUCACUUUCGCAAGAAGCUAGAUAUCAAGGAAAAAGAUUUAAUUUGGAUAUAGUGGUGAAACCAAUGGAAGAGAUAGUAACAGCCAAUACUACAUGUCCAAAAUCUUCAUUGGAGAGGAAAAUAGGUAGACCUCAAAGAGAGCAAGCCUUGAACUGUCCCAGGUGCAAUUCCACCAACACUAAGUUCUGCUACUACAACAACUACAGCCUCUCACAGCCAAGAUACUUCUGCAAGACAUGCAGACGGUACUGGACUGCAGGUGGGUCUCUCCGAAACAUCCCUGUCGGAGGGGGUUCAAGAAAGAACAAGAAAUCAUCAUCAACAUCAACAACAACAUCAUCAUCAUCCUUCACUGCACCUUCUCCCUCUCCUGCAAAUUAUACAUCCAAGAAACUCCCUGAUUUGAUAAUCCCACAACACCAAAACCCUAAAAACAGUGCCCACGACACCCAAGAUCUCGACCUCGGACUGAUCUCAUCAACCGCGAAUGACUUCAAGGCCAUAAAUGAACUUAUCCAAGUCCCAAACUUUGAAGCCAGCAAAGAUUUACAAAACCCUUGCUCUUCAUCUUCAUCAGAUCAUCACCACCAUCAUCAUCAUCUCUCAGCCCUGGAGCUUCUGAGCGGGAUUACAAGAACAGGAUCAACAAGGAUUUUGAAUUCUUUCCCAGUCCCAAUUCCCAAUUCCACAAAUCAUGAUCCAAACGCAGUUAAUUACUCUUCAUCAUCAUCAGGGUUUUCCAGUUUAACUGAGUUUAAUAAGCCUCCUCUCAGCUUCUCCAUUGAUGGGCUUGGAAGCAGCAGCAAUUAUGGGAGUUUCGUCCAUGGAGUUGAUCAAGAAUCUAGUGGGAAGCUUCUGUUUCCCUUUCAGAGCUUGAAACAGGUCUCAAAUAGUACAAAUGAUGGUGGAGAAAGUAGAGAUCAACAUGGAGAUGCUGGAUCUGGUUAUUGGCCGAAUGGAGUGAUAGGUGGAGGAUCAUGGUAAACACUGAUUUAAAAUUAAAUAAUAUUAUAAUUACACACACCCCAUAUAUAUUCCAGGAAUUAUAUUUAUAUUUUAUUUUUACUUAUAAUUAUAUAUUUUUUUGGGUCUGUUCCUUUGGUGUCUCAUUGUGGGGUGGUCAUCAUUUGUUUGGGUUUAAUUUCUUCCACAAACACACACACACACAAAAAAAAAAAAAAAAUUACUUAUGGGGUAUAUAUGUACCUGCAGGGAUAUAUAUAUAUAUGUAUAGUUAUAUUUAUACGGAUAUAUCUAUUUAUUCUCUCUACUGAUUAUCUUCUUUAGGGUUCAAAUUAGGCUUAAUUAUCUUUAUUAUAAUAAUUAAUUACCCAUGUGUUUGGGUAUUGAAGAAGCUUGUUUUAUAUAAAUGGCUUCAUCAGUUUAAUAAGUAGUAGUGAUUAGGACAGUACUAUCAACUGUGAUCAGUGAUGGAGAAUUGAAGCCCUGAUUUUUGAAGGGCCAAGAUAUAUAUUGUGUUUGAAGAA